GUGGCGCCUCCUACGCACAGGAACCGUCCCUGGGCCACCGGCCCGGCACGGAGACCACCGUGGACCUCCGGAGGCGGGAGGCCUCUCUGGCCCCAAGCGGAGCCUCUCGAUGGUAGACGGGCCCGAGGGAGCCCCUCUGGGCGCGACGCCGCCGAGCGGCUCGAUGCUCCAGCCGGAAGUGCUCUUCACCGCCUGCCUCCCACCCGCCUCUUUGGUCCCGGCGGUAAGAUGGCGGCUGCCGCGGAGUGCGAUGUGGUAAUGGCGGCGACCGAGCCAGAGCUGCUCGACGACGAGGAAGCAAAGAGGACUUUAGAAGAUUGGAGAACAAUGGUCAGCGGCUGCCUAGGUGCCUUGUGGUCUGAUGCGCAGUCCCUCUGAGAGCCCAUUUCUCCCUUACUCCACUAAUGUUUGGUCCCUUUUCUUCAGUGCUGAGUGAUGUGGAAGUUACUUAGAGGUCGUUCCAGGGAAGCAGAGUCUUUCAAGGAACAAGGAAAUGCAUACUACGCCAAGAAAGAUUACAAUGAAGCUUAUAACUAUUAUACAAAAGCCAUAGAUAUGUGUCCUAAAAAUGCUAGUUAUUAUGGGAAUCGAGCAGCCACCUUGAUGAUGCUUGGAAAGUUCCGGGAAGCUCUUGGAGAUGCACAGCAGUCCGUGAGGUUGGAUGACAGUUUCGUCCGGGGACAUCUACGAGAGGGUAAAUGCCACCUAUCUCUAGGGAAUGCCAUGGCGGCAUGUCGUAGUUUCCAGAGAGCCCUAGAACUGGAUCACAAAAAUGCUCAGGCACAACAGGAGUUCAAGAAUGCUAAUGCAGUCAUAGAAUAUGAGAAAAUAGCAGAAACGGAUUUUGAGAAGCGGGAUUUUCGGAAGGUUGUUUUCUGCAUGGACCGUGCCCUAGAAUUUGCCCCUGCCUGCCAUCGCUUCAAAAUCCUCAAAGCAGAAUGUUUAGCAAUGCUAGGUCGUUAUCCGGAAGCACAGUCUGUGGCCAGUGACAUUCUACGAAUGGAUUCUACCAACGCAGAUGCUCUGUACGUACGAGGUCUUUGCCUUUAUUAUGAAGAUUGUAUUGAGAAGGCGGUUCAGUUUUUUGUACAGGCUCUCAGGAUGGCUCCUGACCAUGAGAAGGCCUGCGUGGCUUGCAGAAAUGCCAAAGCACUUAAAGCAAAGAAAGAAGAUGGGAAUAAAGCAUUUAAAGAAGGAAAUUACAAGCUAGCCUAUGAACUGUACACAGAAGCCCUGGGGAUAGACCCUAACAAUAUAAAAACAAAUGCUAAACUCUACUGUAAUCGGGGUACGGUUAAUUCCAAGCUUAGGAAACUAGAUGGUGCAAUAGAAGACUGCACAAAUGCAGUGAAGCUCGAUGACACUUAUAUAAAAGCCUACUUGAGAAGAGCUCAGUGUUACAUGGACACAGAACAGUAUGAGGAAGCAGUGCGGGACUAUGAAAAAGUGUAUCAGACGGAGAAAACAAAAGAACACAAACAGCUCCUAAAAAAUGCACAGCUGGAACUGAAGAAGAGUAAGAGGAAAGAUUACUACAAAAUUCUGGGCGUGGACAAGAAUGCCUCUGAGGAUGAGAUCAAAAAAGCUUACCGGAAACGGGCCUUGAUGCACCAUCCAGAUCGGCACAGUGGAGCCAGUGCCGAAGUUCAGAAGGAGGAGGAGAAAAAGUUCAAGGAAGUUGGAGAAGCUUUUACCAUCCUCUCUGAUCCCAAAAAAAAGACUCGCUAUGACAGUGGACAGGACCUGGAUGAGGAGGGCAUGAAUAUGGGUGAUUUUGACGCAAACAAUAUCUUCAAGGCAUUCUUUGGCGGUCCUGGGGGCUUCAGCUUUGAAGCAUCUGGUCCAGGGAAUUUCUUUUUUCAAUUCGGCUAAGGAGAGGAAAGCAUCCAGAACCCAGAAAGUGGAGACUUGCUCAAUGUAACCUUGAACGUGGGCACAGUUCACCUCCUCCCUUCAU